AUGCCGCGCCCGACGCGAGAGAGCUACGGCGACCAGAAGCCGCCCUACUCCUACAUCUCGCUGACGGCCAUGGCCAUCUGGAACAGCCACGAGAAGAUGUCGACGCUGUCGGAGAUCUACAAGUUCAUCAUGGACAACUUCCCCUACUACCGCAAGAACACGCAGCGCUGGCAGAAACUCCUCCGCCACAACCUCUCCUUCAACGACUGCUUCAUCAAGAUCCCGCGGCGCCCCGACCGCCCCGGCAAGGGCGCCUACUGGACCCUCCACCCGUCCGCCAUGAACAUGUUCGAGAACGGCAGCUUCCUCCGCCGCAGGAAGCGCUUCAAGAUCCCCAGGACGAGAAGGACGCCCUCGAGGUGGCCUGGCGCAGAUCACGUCGCCGCGCGCCGCCCGCGCCCGAGGAGCCCCGCCUGCCCCCCGGCCUCCCGCCGCCGCCCCUCAAGCUGCACGGGCGACCCCUGGCGCCCGCGGCCCACGCCGCCCUGCUGCCGCCCCUCCACCUGCUGCCUCCGGGCCUGCCUCUCGCGCCUGCCGCCCCGCUGCUCUACCCGCCGCACCUCAUGUACCCCGGCUGGGGCCGCGCCUUCCUCCACUCCCUCACCACCUACCUGCCCACCCGCCGCCCCUCCCCCUCCGCCGCCGCCGCCGCCACCGGCGCCCGUGGUGCCGAGGCCUAUCAAGCCCACACCCGUCCUGGCCCGCCCGCCGCCCAUGCUGGAGGGCGCCCUCACGGGGGUGACGUAA